AUGGGCAUGAGCGAGAGCAUGAAGCGGAAAUUCUCCUUCACCAACCUGACUCGCCUCAAAACUGCACAGCCUGCUGAAGACCCUCGUCACGACUAUGACCUCGAAUCUCCCCCUUACAGUCCCACCACAUCCGAAAUGGAGCGUCCAAAGCUGCCCCCACAUCUGCUGCACGACCUCAAAGAGUCUUGUACCAUCCUGGUCACCUUGACGAACCCUCCGGACCCCGAUGAUGAACCCGACCAUGAAAUGAUCCGGAGAAUUGAGGCGGAGCGAAAAGCCAGACAUGCACACAAGCGGGCCGUUGAGGCUCAAGCAAUGAAGGCAGACUUACGACAGGUGAAGCUCGAAGAAGUCAAGCCAAAGCUGGUGCAAACAAACUCGAAGAAGGAGCAACCUCGGCGAUACUCCACCAGGAGGCCUCGACAAGACAGCAAAGAUGCUGCCACCAACGCUGCUCCUCAACAUUACGUUCCAAAAGAUCCGAUGGGCCGACACAAAUCGAGCGAUGCUCAGCCGAUAUCUCCCGAACCAUCGCACGCCAUCGUCAGUGAGCCGGUAUUACCUCCAGUACAUGCUCCAAUUGUGGAGCGCAUCAGAGAACAGCAGCAGAAGCUGGCGAGGCGUCAAGCGGAAGAGACGAAAAGACGACAGCAACGGGAAGAAGAGUUCUCACGAAGGAAGAAAGCCGAGAAUCAUGUACUGGGCCAUAUUCGAUCUAGCAUGCAUAUGCGGCCUAAAACAUCCGCUGCAGCCACGAUUGACUACGAGGGUGACCCCAUGACUUUCUCCAGCAACUCCACCUCUCGAUCCAAUUCCGACUAUGCAAAUCUACACCAAGCUACAUCCACGGGCUUAACAUCACUACAAGCUCAAUCACCGAGUCUCAAUGAUGGCCGCUCCUCCGCCAAUGAUCGACGGCCAUCUGAUAACAACUCAGUCUCAGAUUCAAUGAAAGAAAUCCAUAAACUAGCGCGCCAACGUGCCGACGAGUACACUGCGAACAAGGAGCGUUACUCGCGCCCCGCAAGUCGACAGUCGAAGUUAUCCCGAAUGACAAGCGCAUCAGAUUUAGGUAGCAAGAGACCAAGCAGUCGAGCAGGAAGUCUAGCUAGCAGUAUAGCAAGCGGCAUUCACCAUUACAUUCGACCUCGAGCAAGCAACCCAGGUUCGGAACAAGGCUCCAUCCGCUCUGGACGCUCUUCAUCUCUGGGAUUUUCAUCACGAAGCAGGAGCAGCAGCAUGAGCCGACGGAGCAGCUUCAGCAAUGGUGGCUGGUGGCGAAACGGGGGAUUGAGGCGGCGAGGUAGCUGGGCAUCCUUCCGUAGUGGAGGUGGUGAGGCAAAAGAACGGAACAAAUUGCGCAAGGAUGGUGGGCCCAAUCUCAACCGUCCACUUCCUGCGCUACCAGGCUUGGACCAGUACAAAGAGACCAAGACCCACAUAGGCCAACUAGUGAAGAAGAAAAAGAUCAAGAAGAGCAAGAUUGGGGAGCCGCAGCCCUACAUGCCGGCGGAUGCGCCAUAUAUCUGUACAGCGCCUCCAUACUGCCGAUCCAACUCGGACCUAGGCUACUAUACCGUCAGUGCGCCCUUACUCGAUGCGGAGGGUAAAGAGAUGGAGUUCCCUCGUUACGACAAGAAUGAACAACCUGAAAGGCGGUCAACGCAUCCAGAGGCGACGGUGCUCACUAAGGCCGAAGGGGGGAAGGAUAGCAAGUUGCGGCGAUCUUCGCUCAACCCCAUUAAGCCUCGACGUGGUAGCAUCACGGCUGAUAAAUCCGAAAAUGAUGAGCAGCAGCGCAAACUUCCGCCACCCAUGAUCAGAGGUCCAAGCUACAAGAAAGAGCUAGCGAACGGAGUGUAUCCCCGACGAAUGGAGGUCAACGACGGCGGCAGCAGCCACGUAGUGUUCUACGACCAGAGUACGAAUCAGACGGUGACUACGCUUCCGCAAGCGACGGGUGAUGGGAAGGCGGAUGCGCCAUGCCAACCAGGGAAGAAGAAGAGCAAAGGCAAGCUGGGCAAGAUGCUAGGGGCUGGGAAGGAUGGGAGAAGGGCCGUUGCCGCGAAUUGA